AUGCAGGAACAUGAGCAAUGUGAGAUAAAAGGUCUCACUGAAGAAUCGUUGGUGGACCGGUUGGCUAAGCAGUUCAACACUGACAUCCCUGUCAAUGAACUCAAGUUGGAUCUAGCUGAGGGCAUGGAUGAAACAGUCAUGACUGAUACGUCCUGCAACAUGGUUUACGUACUACCCGCAAGGUAUGCACUGCCCGUCGCCGCGCAGGAUUGCGUGGAAGCUGAGGGAAGUAGCGCACAACCCGUGCAGAUUACUUCAGCAGUUACGGCACCUGUGGAAGAGGCUAAGGCAGUGAAGGGACAGGCUAUUGCAGAUUUUCUGGCCCAUCAUCCUAUGCUGGAUAUUCCCCCAGUGAAGGAAUUAGAGAUAGCUACCGCCACCGCAAUUCGACCAGAUUUGGCGUGCAUCCCAGAAUAUGCCAUCUGGCAUCAAGCUACAAUCUCCUUGCAACCCUGGGUAUUAUUUUUUGAUGGUUCCAGAACCGAAACGCUAGCAGGGGCAGGGAUUGUACUGGAAAACCCAGCAGGUGAUCGUUUCUCUUAUUCUUUCCAAUUGGAGUUCAAGUGCACAAAUAAUCAAGCCGAGUAUGAAGCCCUCAUCAUUGGGUUGGAAGUGUUAUUGGAAUUGGGAGUGAGAGACGUUCAGGUUCGCGGUGACUCUCUGCUCGUGAUAAGUCAGCUCCAAGAGAAAUACAGGUGCGUAAGCUGUCUGCUCAUUCCUUAUUUGAAUCGCGCCAUCAAGCUUUUGGAUCAAUUUGAUGACGCGGAUUUGGAACACAUACCUCGCGAGCGCAAUUUUGCGGCCAACGAGCUUGCUCAGCUGGCCACAGGCAUCACAUUGAAGUAUGGGGUUCGCGAGCGCAUUCUGAAAGUCGAACGUCGCACGUUGCCUUCGUGGCUUGCACGGCUUGACCCGCCAGACGAUCCGGUUGUCGCAGUCCUGGAGCCUAUUGACGUCGAUUGGCGAGUUCCAUUGAUCAAUUACCUCAAGCAACCAGACCCUACGACAGACAGGAAGAUACGUUUUCUUGCCUUAAACUAUUUCCUCAGGGGUGACGAGUUGCGACGACGUGGGAAAGAUGGCAUAGACUUCUGA